AUGCUGUGGCCUGUCCACGGUGUUCACUUGACACAAAGCACCGGUGGUCCAAUUGGCAAGGUAAGGCUGGAAUGCAUGGCAGAGGCCUGUGAGCCGGUGAUUUUGGGCUUCGUUCACCUGGGCAAGGGCAUCCGUGACGGGGGCUUUCUGCGUGAAACCUCUGCACCUGGGUUCUGGAAUUGCGCCAGCAGCUGCAAUGCGUCUUCCAGCUGUGCGGGCUUUCUCUUGCAGGACAGGCGCUGUCUUCUGCGGGAGCCUCCUCCGACUUCAUCUUAUUCAGGCAUCUUGGCAGAUCUUGGCGUGGACGGCAUCAAUCUGGCCCAGCGGGUCACUGGCAUGCGCGCACGGCAAAGCGAGACCGCAGGGGUGAGCAUGAGGUAUGUGCUCUCAGACGAUUUCCAAACGCUGGCGACUAUGCGGACAGGUCUUGCCGAUCCCAGCUUUAACGACAUGAAAGUGUUUUGGCUGGGCGAGGAUCCGAUAGGCCGCGACAUCGUGUGCCCCUGCGAUGGCAAGCAUGGCUGCGCAAUGGUCGACUGGAUACCGAAGCCAGAUCGACGCCAACAGACACAUUUCAUGUCAUGGACAUGGCGGUACACCUUAUCCGAAGUGAAGAUCAUACUUGAAGGAUCUGUUGCUGGCAGCGCUAACUUGGAGAACGUUCUCGCUGAGAACCUGACCCGAAUCGGGCAGAUGGUUGCCAUUUUAGACAACUGGAGACAGCAUUUAAGGCGAGUUUGGACGAUCUACGAGCAGUUUAUCGCAUCCACACUAGAGAUCCCAGUCGUCUUUACCAUGCCUGAAGCGUCUACAGCCUCGGUGCGAUCGCAGAUUCUCCUUGGCCAACGCGGCACCAGGGAAGUGACCGAGUCGCUAAAGUGUGUGGACUCGGCAAGUGCCGAAGCCUGGGACCCAAAGGACGAAGUCAAGGUGAAGCAAGAAAUUCAGAACACGGUUGGCUUCACACAUGUCGACAAUCACGUGCAGAAGGUGAUGAUUCGGUGGGUUGGAGAUGCCGUGAGAAAAGAAUUUCGUGAAGUCAUAGCCCAAGACAGCAGAGUGCUAAAUGCAUGCGCCGAAAUGGAAGCAAUUGAUAAGGCCUGCUACUUCACCUUCUUCGCUCUGACGAAAUUACGCGGAGGUUGUGCCCAUGCUGACAAAAACACGCCCGAGCGCGCUCCCAGCUGUGCCAUGCAGCUCAGUGGCCUGACGCUCAGCAGAUCUCAGCAGCUAGCGGUGCUGUGA